AUGGCAUCGGGAGCAGCCGAUAGUAAAGAUCAGGCCGGUCACUCACCUCGGAUUCAACCCGCAAUAACGUACGGGGCUGCAGCAUCAACAUCAUCUGGGACUGGGACGUACGAUGACAUAAAACUCGAGAACGCGCCAUCGAAUUUCUUUGGGGGCAUCUUCGACAGGCUCCGGAAACAGCCUGAAAGUUAUGAGAAAAAAGCCAGAUACGUUCUUGGAAGAACCAUGUACGCAAGCAGCAACGCAGUUGUCCGCGCAGCAGAUGGCCCUAUGGGCAAGGUCUCGAUCAAAGUCAUUACGAAGAAGGCAUCAGCCACAACAGCACAAGAGACAGCUAACGAGAUCAAUGUGCUACGACGGUUGAAACAUCCCAACAUCAUCGGGUUUGUUGAUUGGUUUGAAUCAAGAGAUAAAUACUACAUAGUCAUGCAACAUACUGCUGGAGGCGAUCUAUUUGAGCGUAUCUGUGAUCAAGGGAAAUUCAUGGAGAGAGAUGCAGCAUCGGUUGUUUUACAAAUUCUCCAUGCCGUCUCAUAUCUGCAUGAGAACCUCAUCAUCCACCAAAAUAUAAAGCCCGAUAACAUACACUACCUCAGCCGGGACUUGGAGUCGCCUCUUGUUUUGGCCGGCUUUGCUCAUUCGGCCAUCCUCUCCUCACCUGAAGAAGUCGUCACAGAUCGUGUUGGGACUUUCGGAUACGCAGCCCCUGAAGCAAUGUCCAAUGAGGGACACGGCCGGCCGGCGGAUGUUUGGUCAAUCGGAGUAAUUACUUAUACCCUCUUAUGCGGCUACUCACCAUUCAGGAGCGAGAACAUGCAUGAUCUUUACGAAGAGUGCAAUCAGGGCAGUAUCGUGUUUCACGAAAGGUAUUGGAAGGAUGUUAGCAGCGAUGCAAAAGACUUCAUCUGCCAGACACUCAUUCCAGAGGCUAAAGGUCGUAUCACGUCCAAGGUACGUCUAUACAAAGAAUGCUACCCAUUUCUUAGCGACAUGUUCUAA